AGGUCACCUCCUGAGAGCCAGUGGGAGACCUUGCCCUCCUCUUGGAUUACGUGGCCUACGAGACGUGGUCAGCGAGACUCGGAGCUUCUGUGGCUGUGGUCCAAGCCUGCCCGUUGGCUGUACUUGUAUGUGUCGUUGGAACUUUUGAGCUCUUUGGAGCUAUUGUUUACGUGGAAAUUUUGAGCCAUUUUGAACCUCUUGAAGGAGUAGACGCUGCUAGCAAUGAGCUCCCAAAGCCAUCCAGAUGGACUUUCUGGCCGAGACCAGCCAGUGGAGUUGCUGAACCCUGCCCGCGUGAACCACAUGCCCAGCACAGUGGACGUGGCCUCGGCGCUGCCUUUGCAAGUCGCCCCCCCGGCCGUGCCCAUGGACCUCCGCCUGGACCACCAAUUUUCACUGCCCGUGACGGAGCCCACCCUCCGGGAGCAGCAGCUGCAGCAGGAGCUCCUGGCCCUCAAGCAGAAGCAGCAGCUCCAGAGGCAGAUCCUCAUCGCCGAGUUCCAGAGGCAGCACGAGCAGCUCUCCCGGCAGCACGAGGCCCAGCUGCACGAGCACAUAAAACAACAGCAGGAGCUGCUGGCUAUGAAGCACCAGCAGGAGUUGCUGGAGCAUCAGCGGAAGCUGGAGAGACACCGCCAGGAGCAGGAGCUGGAGAAGCAGCACCGCGAGCAGAAGCUGCAGCAGCUCAAGAACAAGGAGAAAGGCAAAGAGAGUGCCGUGGCCAGCACAGAAGUGAAGAUGAAGCUGCAAGAGUUUGUCCUCAACAAAAAGAAGGCGCUGGCCCACCGGAACCUGAACCACUGCAUUUCCAGUGACCCCCGCUACUGGUACGGGAAGACGCAGCACAGUUCCCUUGACCAGAGUUCCCCGCCCCAGAGUGGGGUGUCGGCCUCCUACAACCACCCGGUCCUGGGAAUGUACGACGCCAAAGAUGACUUCCCUCUCAGAAAAACAGCUUCUGAACCCAAUCUGAAAUUACGGUCCAGGCUAAAGCAGAAAGUGGCUGAAAGACGGAGCAGCCCCCUGUUACGCAGGAAAGAUGGGCCAGUGGUCACCGCUCUGAAAAAGCGCCCACUGGAUGUCGCAGACUCGGCGUGCAGCAGUGCCCCAGGCUCCGCGCCCAGCUCGCCCAACAACAGCUCCGGGAACGUCAGCACGGAGAACGGGAUCGCGCCCGCCGUCCCUAGCAUCCCGGCCGAGACCAGCUUGGCGCACAGACUCGUGACGCGAGAAGGCUCCGUGGCACCGCUCCCCCUCUACACGUCACCCUCCUUGCCUAACAUCACCCUGGGUCUUCCUGCCACCGGCCCUGCCACUGGGGCGGCAGGCCAGCAGGAAGCCGAGAGGCUCACUCUCCCAGCCCUCCAACAGCGAAUCUCCCUCUUUCCCGGCACCCACCUCACUCCCUACCUGAGCACGGCACCCCUGGAGCGAGACGGCGGGGCGGCUCACAACCCCCUUCUGCAGCACAUGGUCCUGCUGGAGCAGCCGCCCGCACAGACGCCCCUCGUCACAGACUGGUAUCUUUCAGGCCUGGGAGCGCUGCCCCUGCACGCACAGUCUCUGGUGGGUACGGACCGGGUGUCCCCCUCCAUCCACAAGCUGCGGCAGCACCGCCCACUGGGGCGCACCCAGUCGGCCCCGCUGCCCCAGAACGCGCAGGCCCUGCAGCACCUGGUCAUCCAGCAGCAGCACCAGCAGUUCCUGGAGAAGCACAAGCAGCAGUUCCAGCAGCAGCAGCUGCAUAUGAACAAGAUUAUCCCCAAAGCCAGCGAGCCGGCCCGGCAGCCCGAGAGCCACCCUGAGGAGACGGAGGAGGAGCUCCGCGAGCACCAGGCCCUCCUGGAGGAGCCCUACCUGGACCGGCUCUCCGGGCAGAAGGAGGCGCACGCGCUGGCCGGAGUGCGGGUGAAGCAGGAGCCCAUCGAGAGUGACGACGAGGAGGCUGAGCCCCCACGAGAGGCGGAGCCAGGCCAGCGCCAGCCCACGGAGCAGGAGCUGCUCUUCAGACAGCAAGCCCUCCUCCUGGAACAGCAGCGGAUCCACCAGCUGAGGAACUACCAGGCGUCGAUGGAGGCCGCUGGCAUCCCCGUGUCCUUCGGCGGCCACCGGCCUCUAUCCCGGGCACAGUCGUCCCCAGCGUCUGCCACUUUCCCCAUGUCUGUGCAGGAGCCCCCCACCAAGCCGAGGUUCACCACAGGCCUCGUGUACGACACGCUGAUGCUGAAGCACCAGUGCACCUGUGGGAACACUAACAGCCACCCGGAGCACGCUGGGAGGAUCCAGAGCAUCUGGUCCCGGCUGCAGGAGACCGGCCUCCGAGGCAAAUGUGAGUGUAUCCGCGGACGGAAGGCCACCCUGGAGGAGCUGCAGACGGUGCAUUCAGAGGCACACACCCUGCUCUAUGGCACCAACCCCCUCAACAGGCAGAAACUGGACAGUAAGAAACUUCUAGGCUCGCUCACGUCGGUGUUUGUCAGGCUGCCCUGUGGUGGUGUCGGGGUGGACAGCGACACCAUAUGGAACGAGGUGCACUCAUCGGGGGCGGCCCGCCUGGCCGUGGGCUGCGUGGUAGAGCUGGUCUUCAAGGUGGCCACGGGGGAGCUGAAGAAUGGCUUUGCCGUGGUCCGCCCUCCAGGACAUCAUGCAGAGGAGAGCACACCCAUGGGGUUCUGCUACUUCAAUUCCGUGGCCAUUGCAGCCAAGCUUCUCCAGCAAAGGCUGAACGUGAGCAAGACCCUCAUAGUGGACUGGGACGUGCACCACGGAAAUGGGACCCAGCAGGCGUUCUACAGCGACCCGAAUGUCCUGUACAUCUCCCUACACCGCUACGACGACGGGAACUUCUUCCCGGGCAGCGGGGCACCUGACGAGGUGGGCACAGGGCCGGGCGUGGGCUUCAACGUCAACAUGGCUUUCACCGGUGGCCUCGACCCACCCAUGGGAGACGCUGAGUACUUGGCGGCCUUCAGGACCGUGGUCAUGCCAAUCGCGAGCGAGUUUGCCCCGGACGUGGUGCUGGUGUCAUCAGGCUUCGACGCAGUGGAGGGCCACCCCACGCCUCUCGGCGGCUACAACCUCUCCGCCAAGUGUUUCGGGUACCUGACGAAGCAGCUGAUGGGCUUGGCUGGAGGCCGGAUUAUUCUGGCCCUGGAGGGGGGCCACGACCUCACGGCCAUUUGCGACGCCUCGGAAGCAUGUGUUUCUGCUUUGCUGGGAAACGAGCUUGAUCCUCUUCCUGAAAAGGUUUUGCAGCAGAGACCCAAUGCUAACGCUGUCCGGUCCAUGGAGAAGGUCAUUGAAAUCCACAGCCAGUACUGGCGCUCCCUGCAGCGCCCCUCCUCCACGGCGGGGCGCUCGCUGGUCGAGGCCCAGAAGUGCGAGAGCGAGGAGGCCGAGACCGUCACCGCCAUGGCCUCGCUGUCCGUGGGCGUGAAGCCGGCCGAGAAGAGACCCGACGAGGAGCCCAUGGAAGAGGAGCCGCCCCUGUAGCCUCUCCCGAAGCCGCGGGUCUCUUGUUUGUUUGUCUCUGUCUUGAAGCUCCGCCAAGAAAAGUUCCUGUUACUCUGCGUCCUGCCACGGCGUUCUUAGGGCGCCAGGCACGGCAGGGCUCGGGCGGCG